CACACAACAGAGCACAGUGGCGGAUCUUUUUCACUUUUAGACCCAUUAUAAAAAAAAUAUAAUGAUUUUUCUCAGUGAAUAUCCCCCGGUCUAUCUAUCAUAAUGGACGCCAGGCUGUUGUUGACGGGAUAACUGUUAGUCUUUAGUUUACUUUUUUGUUUGCUGGAUCCUACAUGGAAUUUCUUUUCGUCGCUAGCUGAAGACACAAGGAAUUGCUUUGAUGAACACUGGUUGGAAUAAAGGCACGUUUUUCACAUUAACAGAAUCGUUAUAAGAGACUGUUUCAGCCGAGAUUCUGAAAGAAGUUUCCUCUCGGAGGGACUGCUGUUGACAGCCGGUUUCGACUUGGGUAAGAGAGAGACGGACAUCCCGAGGAGACCGCUCGGGUGUCUGGCUCCAGUCGUGGCCUGGCCCCGGGCACUCCCAGCUCAUCUGCUAGCGGCGGAGCAUAGGCGACGAGAACAAAACCAGACAGCAGAGGAACUUGUGUUGAAUCAGUAAUACCCGGGCCCCUGGAUACUUAUAACCACAUUUUCUAGGACAAGGAAUUCCGUAUCCUCCAGACGGCGUCUUCCAAAACAAUGGCGUCCUAUGUGGACAACAGCUUUCGCCAGGCUGUGAUGAUGAAUCCAGCUGAAAGGACGCAACAGGAUCUGGAGAUUGUCUACUCUUAUCUACAUGGGAUGGAGGCCUUGUCCAACCUGCGAGAGCACCAGCUGAGGAUAAUGUGUGAGACGGUGCGUUAUGAGAGACACGAGGCCAACGAAGUGCUGUACUACCCUGACGACAUUGGAAGUUGCUGGUACAUCCUGUUGUCUGGCUCCGUCUUCAUUAAGGAGUCCAUGUUCUUGCCCAGAAGCAGUUUUGGGAAGCGUUCAGCUGGCAGCCUGCGACGCGGAUGUGAAUGCAUUGUCCUGGAACCAUCGGAGAUGAUUGUGGUGGACUAUAUGGAUGAAAAUGAGGAGUAUUUCCAGCGACAAGCCUCGCAUAGACAGUCCCGUCGCCGCUUUCGGAAGAUCAACCAGAAAGGGGAGAGACAGACGAUCAUUGAUACUGUGGAUCCCUACCCCACCGGAAAGCCGCCCGUAGCCCGGGGAUACCACACGGAAUGCAAUAAACCUCAGCUCCCCGCAGACUUCAGCAGACUUCACCUGGCCGACGGCUUGCACCCACAGGUGACCCACGUCUCCUCCAGCCACUCAGGAUGUAGUAUCACCAGCGACUCUGGAAGCAGCAGCCUGUCAGACAUUUACCAGGCCACAGAGAACGAACCAGGGGACAUGGACCUGAGUGGCCUGCCAGAGACUGCUGUUGAUUCUGAGGAAGAUGACGACGAGGAGGACAUCGAGCGAGCAUCGGACCCCCUCAUGAGCCGGGACAUCGUGCGGGACUGUCUGGAGAAGGACCCCAUGGACAGAACCGAUGAUGACAUAGAGCAAUUACUGGAGUUCAUGCAUCAACUGCCAGCAUUUGCCAACAUGACCAUGUCAGUAAGGAGGGAGCUCUGCGCCGUCAUGGUUUUUGCUGUGGUUGAACGUGCUGGUACCAUUGUUCUCAAUGAUGGGGAGGAGCUGGACUCAUGGUCAGUGAUUUUGAAUGGGUCUGUGGAGGUGACGUAUCCUGACGGCCAGACAGAGAUCCUGUGUAUGGGGAACAGCUUUGGGGUAUCGCCAACCAUGGAGAAGGAAUACAUGAAGGGUGUCAUGAAGACCAAGGUGGACGACUGUCAGUUUGUGUGUAUAGCCCAGCAGGACUACUGCUGCAUCCUCAACCAGGUAGAGAAGAACAUGCAGAAGGUUGAGGAAGAGGGAGAGAUCGUCAUGGUGAAGGAGCACCGGGAACUGGACCGCACCGGCACCAGGAAGGGACACAUUGUCAUCAAGGGCACACCAGAGCGUCUCACCAUGCACCUCGUGGAGGAGCACUCAGUAGUGGACCCCACCUACAUCGAGGACUUCCUGUUGACAUACAGGACCUUCCUCUCCAGCCCCAUGGUCGUGGGCAAGAAGCUCCUGGAGUGGUUCCACGACCCCAGUCUCAGGGACAAGGUUACACGGGUAGUCUUGCUGUGGGUAAACAAUCACUUCAAUGACUUUGAGGGUGACCCUGCCAUGACUCACUUUCUGGAAGAGUUUGAAAACAAUCUGGAGAAAGAAAAAAUGUGUGGGCACCUCAGACUGUUAAAUAUAGCAUGUGCUGCUAAAGCCAAGCCGCGGCUAGUGACACUGACCAAGCCGUCCAGGGACUCUCCGCUGGCGUUCAGCCUUCUUGGAGGUCAGGAGAAAGGUUUUCGCAUUUUCAUUGAUGCUGUGGAGCCUGGGAGCAAGGCAGCAGAAGCUGGCCUUAAGCGUGGAGAUCAGAUCUUGGAGGUCAAUGGGCAAAACUUUGAGAAUGUCCAGCUCAGCAAAGCCAAUGAGAUUCUAAAGAACAACACCCACUUGUCCAUAACUGUGAAAACAAACCUUUUAGUGUUCAAAGAGCUGCUAACCAGGCCAGAACAGGACCAUGACUUGGAUGGUGAGGACGAACACGACAGGAAGAACGGGGCGCCCCACCUUCCAAAGAUUGGAGACAUCAAGAAGACCAGUCGCUACUCCAUCCCCGACCUGGCAGUGGACGUGGAACAGGUGAUGGGCCUGGAGAAGGCUAGCAAGAAGGCAAAGACCACUACGGUGGGUGGACGCAACAAGCUGAAGAAGAUCUUUGACAAGACACUCACCAGCAUCCUGCCUCCAAAACCAUACAAUGACGUUUGCGUGGGCCAAUCACAGGACGACAGCAUUGUGGGGAUGAAGCAGUCCAAACAGAUCCCUCCGGCCCUGCCCGUCAGUGGAAACCUGUCGUCGUCAAACCCAGACCUUCUGCAGUCCCACCAUCGCAUCCUCGACUUCAAUAACCAGCCUGUCCCAACCAUACUGAACAUGUCGGACCAAGUAUUACGAGUAUUCAAAGCAGACCAGCAGUCUCGAUACAUCAUGAUCGGGAAGGACACGACGGCUAAGGAGGUGGUGGCCCAGGCCAUCAGAGAGUUUGCCUUGACUGCAGCACCUGAGGCUUAUUCGCUGUGUGAGGUGUCCGUCACACCAGAGGGUGUCAUCAAACAGAGACGAUUACCAGACCAGCUUUCUAAACUAGCCGACAGGAUUCAGCUGAGCGGCAGAUACUACCUAAAAAGCAACAUGGAGACGGAAACAUUAUGCUCAGAUGAGGAUGCCCAGGACCUUCUUCGAGAAGGUCAAAUCUCUCUGUUACAGCUCAGCACAGUGGAGGUAGCCACUCAGCUUUCCAUGCGGGCUUUUGAACUUUUCUGUGCCAUCGAGCCCACCGAAUACAUCGACGACCUAUUCAAGCUGCGCUCUAAGAUGGGAUCGGCCAGCCUGAAGCGUUUUGAGGAGGCCAUUAACCACGAGACCUUCUGGGUGGCCACGGAGGUGACACGGGAGCCCAACCAACUCAAACGCAUGAAGACUGUCAAGCACUUCAUCAAAAUCGCUCUGCACUGCCGCGAGUGCAAGAACUUCAACUCCAUGUUCGCCAUUAUCAGUGGUCUGAACCUGGCUCCAGUCUCUAGACUGAGGGGAACUUGGGAGAAGCUACCUAGCAAGUAUGAAAAGCUGUUCGGGGACCUGCAGGACCUUUUUGACCCCUCAAGAAAUAUGGCCAAGUACAGGAAUGUCCUCAACAAUCAGAACCUGCAGCCACCAAUCAUACCCCUGUUCCCAGUCAUCAAGAAGGACCUCACCUUCCUACAUGAAGGCAAUGACUCUAAAGUGGACGGCCUAGUGAACUUUGAGAAGCUGAGAAUGAUUGCCAAAGAAAUUCGCCAUGUUGGUCGCAUGGCCUCUGUCAACAUGGACCCAGCCCUCAUGUUCCGUACCAGGAAGAAGAAAUGGAGAAGUUUAGGGUCUCUAAGCCAGGGUAGUGCCAAUGCGGCAGUGCUCGACGUCACCCAGACAGGCGGGCACAAGAAGCGGGUGCGUCGCAGCUCCUUCCUGAACGCCAAAAAGCUUUAUGAGGACGCCCAGAUGGCCAGGAAGGUCAAACAGUACCUGUCCAACCUCAACCUGGAAACAAAUGAGGAGAGUCUGCAGACACUCUCACUGCAGUGUGAACCCUCCAUUAGCACAUUGCCUAAGAAUGCGGGUGGGAAACGACCAGACACCUCCCCUGUCGUGCCCAGAGCUGCCAACCAACAGAGGGGCCAGCUGGCCAAAGGAAACCAGGCCCUUCAAGUCCCCACCGUGGCCCUUUACCCAUCCCGAAAGAAAGUGCCAGUCAAGGAUCUGCCACCUUUUGGCACCAGUUCCCCCCAGUCUCUGAAGAAGAUCCUGUCUCUGUCGGAGGAGGGGAGCGACAGGCACCGGAGGCAGCCAGAGGACACAGUGUCCAACACCUCCUCCCAGCUAUCCUCCCCUCCCACCUCCCCCCAGAGCUCACCCAAAAAGGGUUACAACAGGAUGGGAGACACCUACUCAGACUCCGGUCACAGUGAGAUCUCCUCUCGCUCCAGCCUCGUCAGUAACUCGUCCUUCGACAUGGCUCAGGAGGAGCGGCGACUCCGCCAUUCCGGAGUUGGGGAAUCACACACUGGGGGACCACGGCUGGAGCGAAGAGCCACCACCGACCCCGACCAGUACAGCCUGGGGUCUUACUCAUCGAUGCAGGACUGUCGGGGUAUUUACGCCGGCUGCCCUACAGUGCUAUCAUCACCCAGUUCAGAGGAGCUGACUCAGGAUCAGGGCGAUCGUGUUUCUCUGGAUGCUGCAGACAGCGGCCGUGGCUCCUGGACAUCGUGCUCCUCUGGUUCCCAUGACAACAUCCAGACUAUGCAGCAGGGACGCAGCUGGGAGACUCUGGCAUUUGGGGGCAGUGGAGGUGGCAUCGCAGGGCUCCCUCCAGAGGCCUUAUUAGGAGGACCUGCUGCACUGUGGGCAGCACAGGCCAGGGGGAGCUGGGCAUCUGCCAGCUCUUCCUCAUCCUCAGCUGCAUACUGGGGAGAGGACUCUGAGGGUGACACCGGCACCAUCAAGAGGAGAGGAGGGAAGGACGUCAGUACUGACCCGGAAACAAGUAGCAUCACAUCCACUGGGUCAGAAGAGGCCAAGCAGCUCAGCCGGCCAUCUCCAUCACCCAUCACUGCUGGGGGUAAAGGUCUCAUUUCACGGAAAGAGGGCCGUUACCGUGAGCCUCCCCCGACUCCCCCUGGCUACACAGCCCUGUCCAUCUCUGACCUCUCUGAAGGACAGCACCUAGCCUCAUCUGUUCCCACACCCACAGCGACACACUCUGGCCGCCGGCCACCAGACUAUACCACAGCUCUGCAGCGCUCGCGCAUGGUCACCCAGUCGCCCGACUCCCACCAUGCCCACCAGGGGGCCAAACAACGGGCAAGUGGCCUCCAUCGCACUCGCUCACCAGCUGAGGAGCAAGAACCUGAGGAGGAAGAGGAGGGUGAGUCCUUGUCUUCCAAACUAGUCGCUCUGAGGAAGCCAAAGCCAGUGGCACAGACACCAGAGAUUGCCAAACCAUGAGAGUGUGUGUACAGGGGUUAACAGGCAGGGCCCGUGUCCCCAAGACAGAGGAUGAACAGGUGUCCGCAGUGUGAGGGACAACGGUGGAUGUCUUUUUGCAGUAACUUGAAGUCCCCCUGGUUUGGGGUGGGCAGGUUUAAAACAGACUAUCAGACAGACUCAUCAUCAGUUGCAUAUGUGCCUGCCUCCUCCACUUGGCUCUCCCUCCCGAUUGGUGGAUUUCUCUGCUCGUCUCCCUCCCCUGCCUUAAAGCAUCAUGGGGGGUUUAAUUACCCUGCAUGCAAAAAAUACUGUGAAGAAGAAGAAGACAUGGAGAGACGGUCAAAGACGAUUACAAAAUGCCUGGCACUUUGGAAGAAAAACAACAAAAACCUAACAAACACCAGUUGUUCGGUCUGGCCUCACACACACACACAGAAAACCACAUAGAUGUUACUGUUAGAAAUAGGACCGGCUCAAAAAGACCGGUUCCCGCCUGGUGACAGAACUCCACAUCCACCUUUGUAACGCAACAGCAUCAUGAUGUGUUGAUCUUCAUCCGCACUUUCUCAUUUUCUACUUUCUAAAAAGCAGAACAAAUAAAAACAACAAGACAGAGACUGUUGUUUGGUGACAGAGAAACAACGGUUGACUUGACUCUUAAUUUUCAACUUCCCACUAGAUUUCUUUUUUUGUUUAGUUUCCUUUGACUGAUUGCACUCGGGGGGGCUGAAAAGAGAAACCAAGUCAGCCCGUCAUUUCUCUGCCUGGACUGAAACAACCCAUCUGUUGUUGGGAACUUCAACUUGAAAUCCAGUAUUAUCUCACACAUGUGUCACAUGUGAAAGCUUAUCAGAUGUUGGUUCAGAUCAAAGCUAGGAGAAGAGCUCAUUCGGGGGAACCAACAUGCACAUUGUACUGACAGACCUACAUGCACACACAGAGUACAUUUUAUGUAUCACUACAAACACAAUGGCAAAGUCAUCAUAUAUAGCACUUUCAGCACAAUCCAAGAUGUUACCAGACAUUUGGACUGGAUACCAGGGUUAUGAGUGAACCAUAUCUUACUGUCAUCCCACCUUGGAGUUUAUCUGGUUACAUCAUAGUCUUCAUCAUCCUGCGGCUCGCUGUUACAACAAGAGUAUGUUUCAUUAGUGGCCUAUCGGUGAAAUCAAAAAGCACAGAGGAAAGUGACCACGCACUGAAAACCGAGCGAAGGUGUAGGUCCAUACAGUGCAUCAGAGGUACAUCAGGUAACUAAACUAAGUCACAUGGUGCAGCAGCAGUAGAGACGCUUGAAGCCCAAAUUGAAAGCUGCUGUCAGGAAUGGACACAGGCAGGAAUUCUUAAAAUUCAUAAAGGAAGUACAAAUGGUGACCAUUAAGUGAGCACUCCCGUACAUUAGGAAAGGUUUAAACAUCAGCAGAAUUUAGAAGCUGCCAGUUGUACCUUGAACAGUCUACAUUUGCAAAUAUAUCUUGUACAGAGUCUUAUGAUCCACAUAUUUCACUUCAGAAUAAAAGUACCCACUAAUUAGGAUUUGGCUUUUUUCCCCAACCUGAACAUACGCCGCAUUGUGUGAAUGACCAAAGCGCCUUAAGAUUGCAGACAUUACUUUUAAGUGGUUGCUAACAUCAUGAAUCACCUUGUUUCAGGCACAGCCUUGAUUCAAGCAAUAGUGGAGUGAAAUGCCUUAUUGAAGAUACUUCCCAUUACUUUUAAUAGAUUAAGACUCAGUACAAGAUGAAGUCAAGCACUUUCUUUGUGUUGUUGCAAUGUGGCUUCACAUGGCAGCAUAAUGUUUUAGCUGUGGCCAUUACAGAUGUUUUUGUCUACACACCCAGUGACCCUGCACUUCUCCCUCUGCUGUUGUGCUACUAGAUUCAUCCUGAGAAACUCUUCUCACCUGUUACAGACAUUAGCUAAGUAGAUCCUAUACGGAUAUCGCUAACGCCUGCAUCCGGUUUUCCACCUUAUCUUGCCAUCAGUGGAACUGACUGAAGUUUUAUUUUCUUUGACUCCGGUGGAGAAGUAGACAUAUGAAGAAACAUGUUUUCAAGACCGCCAAUAAAAAGGAUUAGAAAUCCAGUUGUGAAAAGUAACUUUGUGUUUUCUGAGUCGCACUGAUCACAUUGAUCAGUCUUGGAAACUACAGACUGAGAAAAAGAUGAAUGAGUGCAGUGUUUUUCACUGUGUUCUGUGACUACACACUAAUAAUUUCCUGGGUAUCCUUUCUUUAUUGUAAUUUUUGUAAUGGCUGAAGAUACAGUACAUUGUUAAUAAUUUGUUACAGUGGUGACAUGCAUCAUUCACUUUCAAACUAAAGAUAAUGUGCAUAUUAACGGGCUGAGUCCUAUUUUGAAAAACAAAAAGUUGCACAAAAAUGUACAAGCGUAAAGAUAAGUGUAGUAGGUAGAACUGCUACUGCGUUUGAUGUGAUGUCAGUGAGAUGUACAUUUAGCUGGUGACAACCUUCUUUCCUUCAUUCUUUCUUGUACUACUUUGACCUGUAUGUCUUUUAAAAAGACAAUUGGUGGAGUAUGUAUCAGUUGUUUUUGUAUUUUUAAUACAAUAAUUGUAAAUAUCGGUUAUAUUUUUGUUCAAAUGUACUAUGUUUAUGCCUCAGCAUCCAGUUUAUAUGAAGCUGGGAAUCAAUAAAUACAGCAUAAAAACUAGGUUUAAAUGCACUUAUUCAUUUCCUCAGCAUUUUGAUGUCUUUCUUUUCCAGUUCGUUGUCCCUUCACAAGUUUACCCCAGAUACCGUCUAGUGUUUGCACAAAUCAUGGACAUAACUUGAAAAGUGUAACUCAUACUUUUCUAUCUGACCGCAGUGUGUCAGAAUUAAUAAAAAAAAGAGGUAUUGAAGUCUCACCUUGCUUUUAUUUACUUGGUUUGUAUUGUUGUGUUAUCCAGAGCUGAGAGAUGGUGCAAGUACCUCUUGGUUUUAUCAUCAUUUCUCUGCUGUGUCCUAAAUUAGGGUUUUGAUUUUAUAUUAAAGUCCUAUAUUCCCAAACCACUUUGUACCUCAUCCCCAUAUUAAGAA